AUGUUAUGGUCAGAAGGAGUGAAUUAUUACUUCCAUAAGCUCGCAAGCAGGCAGAUGAGAAGUUCGUUUGAAAAAGGAGCGAAGCUAUGGGAACAGGAUACUUGCAUCAAUUUCACACGGAACCCAUUCGCCAAAGAUCGCAUCAUGGUAUUCCCGGAAGAUGGAUGUUGGUCUUACGUGGGAAAGCUCGGCGGUGAACAGAAACUGUCGCUGGGACGUGGUUGUGAAACGGUAUCUAUCGCUGCGCACGAGCUAGGUCAUGCUCUUGGAUUCUUCCAUACAAUGUCCCGACACGAUCGUGACGAGUUCAUCACGGUAAACAAGCACAAUAUCAAGGUAGACUGGCUAAGUCAAUUCAAUAAAGAAACAACGAAAACCAACGACAAUUACAACAUGACAUACGACUACGGCAGCAUUAUGCACUACGGCGGAACUAGUGCAUCGUUCAACAAAAAGCCAACAAUGGUUCCGUUCGAUGUCGAUUAUCAGCAAACGCUUGGGUCUCCAUUCAUUUCAUUCAUCGAACUUUCAAUGCUCAAUGAACACUAUGGAUGCAAAGAAAACUGCAACAAAGCCACAUCCGUCAAAUGCGAGAUGGGCGGAUUUCCUCACCCACGAGACUGCCAGAAAUGCAUCUGUCCUGGUGGUUACGCUGGACCCCGAUGCACUGAGAGACCAUCAACAGGGUGCGGCGAUACAAUUAAAGCUUCGCCUAAUUGGACGACACUUCGAGAAUACUGUUGGCCUUGGCCGUGA